AUGCCUCGCAGUCUGUUGCCAGGUCCGGCCCCUGAAAGUCUCCAUGUUCUGAGUCAGAGUCCACCACUGGUCCCUAACCUGGGAAGACGCCGUAAAGCCAUCACCUUAGCCUGUGAACCAUGUCGGCAACGCAAGUCCCGAUGCGUCAGACGAAGGACCGCGUGCCACUACCGUGCUACCCUUGAAGAGCAGGGAGCGUACCAGGAACUCUUCCGUAUUCUAGCGACAAAGCCAAUGCAUGAAGGUACUGAUAUUUUGAGAAGAAUUCAGAGCGGUCAUGAUGUUGAGUCGAUACUUGACCAUAUUCAACGUGCAGACCUUCAAAAACAGGCACAUGUAGUGCCGAAUCACUAUUACCAGUAUGAGUUCCCUUAUCGCAAAGAGAUGCCUAGCUUUUUGAUCCAAGAAGGGAACCAGUACCUUGAUUCAUGGCUGUAUAAGUACUCAUUAGGUGAGGCGAGGAUAUCAGAUGGUGAUAAUCCGCCGACAGAGUAUCCUAUAAUUUACGAGGCUCCGUAUCAUGCAGCCGAAAUGGUUGAUCCUCUCUUAGACCAUAUCGACGCACGGAAAUGGACGUGCAUCAUCGAUGAUAAUAAGCUAUUACGGAAGCUACUAGAGACGUAUUUCAUGACAGAAUACCCUUUCUACCCAGCCUUCCAAAAGAACUACUUUCUAGAAGACAUGGCAACAGGCCGAAGCAAAUACUGCUCCUCUCUUUUAGUCCAUGCAGUCCUUGCAUCUGCUUGCCACGGCUACUCGAAGAUGAGUCAUCGCUCGCAGUUCUGGAAUCCUCGGACUCUUGGGUAUCAGUUCCUUGCAGAAGCACGCCGACUAUGGGAGCUGGAGAUUGGCAAUGCUCGACUUACGAAUAUCCAGGCUGCGAUUGUCCUGUCGAUUGUGCAUGAUGCCAAUGGUAGCGAUGAGGUGGGGAGAUCUUAUCUGACCCAGGCCGUUGCGGCUGCGCAUGCAAUGCAUCUAUUCUCUACGCCGACCACAAAUAGCGAUGAUGUUGAGUAUAAUGCGAGGGCCUUCACAGCAUGGGCGUUAUUCGGGCUACAAGGCAUACAACUAUCUACUCAAGAUGACUGCUAUGGAGACUUCGGGCUGCGCUAUCCAUCAGCGAAGGGACCCGUAUCGAUCAACUAUGCCAAUACCUUUCGAACAUUCUCUGAGUUCCGAGUUAUCAUGAAUGAUGUUGCUGCUGUGUUUUUCUCGGGUUUCAAGAAUACUCCAGACACCAUUGUGGACAGAAUCAAAGGUUUCUGUAUCCGUCUUGACAGCUGGUAUCGAAAUCUUCCGCCAGGUCUCAGAGCAACAGAAAUCACUUUUCCCUGGCAGCUCAAGCUCCAUAUUCACUACUACAACCUUACUGUAUACCUCCUGGAGACACUGCGCAUGACAACAGCUCCCGCACUGGUUGACGAAAGCGUCCAGAAGGUUUUGAGCGGCGCCAAGAUAAAGAUGGAGACGUUACUACGCUUAUACUAUCAGCGGCACGGAUUCGAGUCUUACGACAUAUUCAUCAUAAUUCUGCUGGCCUUUGUAGGUUUCAUGCACGCAAAGAACUUGGAGAACUCUGAGAUGGCAGAUCUCGAAAGCCGAAGAUCGACUGUCGUCCUUGUUCUCAAAGGUCUUGGAGACCAAAGCAUCAACUGUUAUGUGGCCAAAGUAGUGCUUCGUCUACUAAAGGGCAGCAUUGGAAGUGAAAAUAGCUUUCUUCUCAAAGAGGUGGAUAUUGUAGAGGAAGGGGGUGAGGAAGACAGGGCAAUGGAGGAGCAGAGCUCAGCUAGGUUGGUAGCUAGUUGCCUCUUACGAUGCAAACAUGACCCCAACGAUCUCGAUGCUCGUUAUUUUUGUUACACUACCGUCGCCAAAGCCGUGCGCGCGGUUUCUUUGAGCGCACCUCUCAGUGCAAGCCAUGCGAUAGGCCAUCAGCCGGGGUCCUUCAACAUCGGCCACGGCGGUACUACUUGUAUCCCCCUACUAGCAUUCUGCAUGUUCAACGCCUGCAAGAACGCCAACAACAAUCGGCAGAGGCGUUCAGUGGACAUUCUGCUGGAGCAAGAUACCGUAAAGUCUCUGCUUGCUGACAAGAAGGCUUCCGACGGAGACUUUGAUCUUGGGGAUUAA